AAGUGUACUGUGUCUGUGUAGUGAGGAGAGGAAAGGAAAGGAGGCUACAAAUCAUUGGAUCCAAAAAUCUUUUCUCCCUGGCUCUUUACACGCACUCCUCUCUCUCUCUCUCUCUCUCUCUCUCUCUGUGAGUGUAAAUUUCUCCUUCCACCCAUUCUUCACCCAAACUGAAACUCAGACAGCUCGGUUUUAGCAGGCAUUGGCACAUUUUUGGUGUCAGAGGACAAUGCCCACCGUCUGAUCCUCUCUCUCUCUCUCUCUCUCUCCAAUGGGUGCCCGUUGCUCCAAGUUCUCCGCCUGCUGGCUACACUCUCACCUCAAACCCUCUGCUAUUGAAUCCCCUGACCCAGAAAACGGAGGCAGAAAUGAACGAAGCUUGAUACCCAUUUUCAGCGAGUUCAACUUGGAGGAUCUUAAAUCAGCCACAAACGGCUUUUCUUCGGACAACAUUGUAUCAGAACACGGAGAAAAAGCCCCCAACGUUGUGUACAAAGGGAAGCUUCAAAAUGACACGUGGAUCGCCGUUAAGCGGUUCCACAAGACGGCUUGGCCUGAUUCUCGUCAAUUCAUUGAGGAAGCAAGAGCUGUGGGGAGUUUGAGGAGUGAAAGGUUGGCGAAUUUGAUUGGAUGCUGCUGCGAAGGGGACAAUAGGUUGCUUGUUGCAGAGUUUAUGCCUUAUGAAACCCUAGCCAAGCAUCUCUUUCACUGGGAGAGCCAACCCAUGAAAUGGGCAAUGAGGUUGAGGGUGGCCUUGUACUUGGCACAAGCUUUGGAGUACUGCAGUAGUAAAGGGCGGGCCCUGUAUCACGAUCUCAAUGCUUACAGGGUCCUGUUUGAUCAGGAUGCAAAUCCCAGGCUAUCUUGCUUUGGCCUCAUGAAAAACAGUAGAGAUGGCAAGAGUUAUAGUACGAACUUGGCUUUCACCCCUCCGGAGUACCUAAGAACCGGAAGAGUGACGCCAGAAAGUGUAGUUUACAGCUUCGGGACCCUGCUGCUAGAUCUUCUGAGUGGAAAACAUAUUCCUCCAAGCCAUGCACUUGAUCUCAUUCGUGGCAAGAAUUUCCCGAUGUUGAUGGAUUCUUGUUUGGAGGGUCAUUUUACAAAUGAUGAUGGAACUGAGUUGGUGCGUUUAGCCUCCCGUUGUUUGCAGUAUGAAGCUCGCGAGAGGCCAAAUGCAAAGUCCCUUGUAACUGCUCUUAUGUCUCUUCAGAAAGAAGCAGAGGUUCCGUCAUAUCUUUUGAUGGGCAUUCCGCACGGAAAUGAAUCCUCGAAACAGCCAUUGCUAUUGACACCAUUGGGUGAAGCUUGCUUAAGAACGGAUCUCACUGCAAUACAUGAAAUGCUUGACAAGAGUGGAUACAAGGACGAUGAAGGGAUUGCCAACGAGCUUUCUUUUCAAUUGUGGACAAAUCAAAUGCAGGAGACCUUGAAUUCUAAGAAGCAAGGAGAUGCUGCUUUCCGUGCCAAGGACUUCGCAACCGCCAUCGAUUGCUACACAGAAUUCAUUGAUGGAGGGACAAUGGUGUCACCGACCGUAUUUGCUAGGCGCUGUUUGGCUUACUUGAUGAGUGACUUGCCACAAGAAGCUCUUGGAGACGCUAUGCAAGCCCAGGUGGUUUCUCCCGAGUGGCCCACUGCGUUCUAUCUUCAGGCGGCUGCCCUCUUCAGCCUCGGCAUGGAGACUGAUGCUCAAGAAUCACUCAAAGAUGGCACAAACUUGGAAGCCAAAAAGAGCAAAAAUUGAAAGUUUGUAUAGGUUUUCGUUUUUCAUUACUUUCUUAAUUUUUGCUAUAAUUUAUUGUAUCUACUUUUUAAAGUUUUUCUGGUUCCCCAUUUUGGUCCUUUUGCUAGAUCAAAGGGUAUGCCAAUUGCCGGCCUUGGUUUAUAUUUUUUUCCUGUUUCAGCUCUCUUGACAUGAGGGCCUGUUUGUAUGCAAUUGUGCUAUUGCAAUGAGAACCAUAUAUUUCUCA